ACCAGUUUAACCUGAUAAUCGAAAAUGGGUGUGCCUUUUGAGGCUUUGCUUCCCUACGGAAUCAUCGUCGGCUUCUUCGGCGUGACCGGCGUGGGCUUAUCUUUCGUGAAACGAUGGGCAAAUGAUGGAAAGCGGCCCAGACGCGGCAUUGAUGCUUGGGACAGACAAAUGAUGGAACGGGACCUACGGCUUACGGGUUCCCUCCGAGGGCAGACGGAUAACCCCAUAGCCCCUCGUGGAUUUGAAUUGAAUAACCCAUGGAAGCUGGAAAAACGGAUAUGCUAGAUCUGUUAUCCAAUUACGCUGCUUAUGAUAAACCGCAUUUCAAUAUGAAACUCCGCUGCCGACCCGAAUUCCAAAAUCCCUUUUAAAAUGCCGUCGCGGUCAAGUCUUUCAAUUCCGUGAUCUUUCCAUGAAUGCCGCGGACUUCUAGGGGUUGGAGGUGUACAUUAAAGAAACUUUUCAAUGCAUCAACUCUUUCAGCCUCAUUCUUCAGCGUUUGAAGAAUUUCCACAUCCCCGUUCAGAUUUCGCUUCACAGUUCCCUUUACAAGGGAAAGGUUUCCCACAAUAUCGUCCUUGGCCUCAUUGAGGAGGAAUUUCGCACAAAUCACCGUCUUUGUAAAUAUACUUCUUGGGCUUUGACUUGUUGAGAAAUUCAUCACUUCGUAAUCACUGG